UUAACACAAACAAACUCAUUUCGCUUUUCGUGUUUUCUUUCUUCUUACUCCAAAUAGAAACGAACGCCAUGGCUACACAGCAUCCACCUUCAAGCGCUUUCUCCUUCAUCUCCAAAGGUUGGCGCGAAGUUCGUGAUUCAGCAGACGCGGAUCUACGUUUGAUGAAAGAUAGAGCAAACUCUUUCAAAAACCUAGCAAACUCCUUCGACCGUGAACUCGAGAAUUUCUUCAAUUCUGCCGCACCGGCGUUUUCUGUUCCGGCGAUGAGGUCUCCGCCGGCGGCGGAGAUAGAAUUCGUGAAGAAAUUACAGCCGAAAUUGUCGGAGAUUCGACGCGCUUAUUCUUCGCCGGAUUUUAGUAAGAAGGUUUUGGAGAAGUGGACGCCGAGAGCGAAGAUUCGGAUUGAUUUAUCGGCGAUUAAGAACGCUAUUGUGUCGGAGGAAGGGUUUGUGGAUUUUGAGAGUGGAGUUAAGGGAAGGAGGUUGGGGUUUUGGGAAGGGUUGAAAGGUGAAGGUGAAGGUGAAGGUGAGAGUGAAACUAGGGACUGGGAACCGAUUAGGGUUUUGAAAACGAGGAUUAAAGAGUUUGAGAAGCGUAGUUCUUUUGAUGGAUUCAAGAACAGUGAAUUUCUCGAGAAGCUUAAAUCAAGUUUGAGAUCGAUGUACAAAGAACCCGAAGAGUCAAAGGAAGUGCCGCCACUGGAUGUACCCGAACUUCUGGCCUACUUUGUUAAACAGUCUGGGCCAUUUUUGGAUCAAAUUGGAGUCGGCAAAGAUACAUGUGACAAGAUAGUUGAAAGCUUGUAUAGCAAACGCAAGAACCAAUUUCUACUGCAGUCUCUUUCAGGCGAAGAACCUUCUUUACUCGAGAAUGGAAACAUAAAUGAUGAAUUGGAUUUACGAAUAGCUAGUGUCCUUCAGAGCACAGGGCACCGGUAUGAAGGUGGACUUUGGACAGACCAAGCAAAGCAUGAUUUGUCCAACAAUGAAAGACAUGUUGCAAUAGUUACAACCGCUAGUCUUCCUUGGAUGACGGGAACAGCAGUAAAUCCACUAUUUCGAGCUGCAUAUUUAUCACAAACUAAAAAACAGAAAGUCACUCUGCUGGUUCCAUGGCUUUGUGAAUCGGAUCAGGAACUAGUUUAUCCCAGCAACCUCACUUUUACUUCACCUGAGGAGCAGGAAGGUUAUAUACGUAACUGGCUUGAGGAAAGGAUUGGAUUUAAGGCAGACUUCAAAAUAUCUUUUUAUCCUGGGAAGUUUUCAAAGGAAAGACGUAGUAUAAUGCCCGCUGGAGAUACUUCUCAAUUUAUACCAUCCAGGGAUGCUGACAUUGCUAUCCUGGAAGAACCAGAGCAUUUGAAUUGGUAUCAUCAUGGGAGGCGCUGGACGGAUAAAUUCAACCAUGUUGUUGGCAUUGUGCACACAAAUUACUUAGAAUACAUCAAGAGGGAGAAAAACGGGGCACUCCAGGCGUUCUUUGUGAAACACAUCAACAACUGGGUUACAAGAGCGUACUGUGAUAAGGUUCUUCGUCUCUCGGCUGCUACUCAGGAUUUACCUAAGUCUGUAAUUUGCAAUGUUCAUGGUGUGAAUCCCAAGUUCUUAAAAAUCGGAGAAAUGAUUGCUGAAGAGAGGGAGCUAGGGCAGAAGGCUUUCACAAAUGGGGCAUAUUUCUUGGGAAAGAUGGUAUGGGCAAAGGGAUAUAAGGAGUUGAUAGAUUUAUUAGGAAAGCAUAAGGCUGACCUUGAUGGCUUCAAGUUAGAUGUAUUUGGGAAUGGAGAGGAUGCUCAUGAAGUUCAGAGUGCAGCUAGAAGGUUGGAUUUGAAUCUCAACUUUCAGAAAGGAAGAGAUCACGCAGAUGAUUCUCUUCACAGGUACAAAGUCUUUAUAAAUCCUAGCAUGAGUGAUGUGCUGUGCACAGCUACGGCAGAGGCACUUGCCAUGGGAAAAUUUGUAGUUUGUGCUGAUCAUCCAUCAAACGAGUUCUUCACAUCAUUUCCCAAUUGUUUGACUUACAAGACACCUGAAGACUUUGUAGCAAAAGUAAAAGAAGCGUUAGCAAAUGAGCCUUAUCCUCUCACACCUGAACAAAGAUAUCAGCUUUCUUGGGAAGCUGCAACUCAAAGAUUUAUGGAAUAUUCUGAGCUUGACCAAAUCCUGAACAAGGAAAAGGAUGGUGCAAAAUCAAGUAGAGAUAAGGGAAAGCUCAUUGGCAAGUCAGCAUCAAUGCCUAAUCUUUCAGAACUAGCAGAUGGAGGCUUAGCGUUUGCUCACUAUUGUCUCACAGGGAACGAGUUCCUGAGAUUAUGUACCGGAGGAACACCUGGGACACGUGUUUAUGACAAGCAGCACUGUAAAGACCUUCAUCUCUUGCCCCCACAGGUGGAAAGUCCUAUCUAUGGCUGGUAAAUAGAUUGACUAGUUUGAAUAUGUGGCUAUAAAUACUUGUGAACGCCAGAAAAUGACAAGCAGCAUUGUAAAAAAGUUAUAAAUGGCUGGUGAAUAGCUUUAGUGCUUCAAAUUUGUAGUUCGGCUUUCUGCUUGUUUAUAGUUUGUAAUUAGGUGUCUAUUGUUAAGUCUAUAAUCCUUAAAUUUUGUAGCUGCAAUUGUUUUUGUAUUUUUUUGUAAGUGAUGUAGUUUUUUACUACUUCCAAAACACACACAGAACGCUUAUGUUCAGUUGUAGUUGUACUGUGUAAUGGCAAAAAAAAAAGAUUGUUCAUUGAUGUAA